CGAAGAAGAAGAAGACGGAAAGAGGAGGACAGAGUUUAACUUUUAACUUUUUUUUUUUUUUUUUAAACAACACAAAUCUCGACACCGUCGUGGAUUUUCGUGCCACGGGGGAUAAAGCCCAGCUUCAUUAGAUUAGACGGCGUGCCGUCAUCUGACAGCAGCGUCGUGAAGUCGGAAUGAUCUGGAGCAGCGAGAGGUUGUGGCGGCCUCAUCAGUAGCUGUCACCACGGCGGGGGACCUCCGGACCUCCGUCUGCAGGGUGGUCAUCUACCUCCAGAGGGACAUGUCCGGGGACAGCUGCCCGCCCCAACGCCACACCCACUCCGCCUCCCCGGCCUCUCCCCUGGCCUGUCCCAAGACCAAGACCUGCAGUUACCGAGGCGCGGUGGGCCUGGGCAACAAGUACAUCCGCGUCAAUGUCGGCGGGAGCCUGUUUUACGCCACGCUGCAGGUGCUGACCAGGCAGAACUCUAUGCUGAAGGCCAUGUUCAGUGGAAAGAAGGAAGUGUUCACCGAUAAAGAUGGUUGGAUCCUGAUCGACCGCAGUGGGAAACACUUCGGCAGCGUCCUGUGCUUCCUACGCGACGGCACAGUCGCUUUGCCCAAAGGUCGCCAGGCCGUCCAGGAGGUGCUGGCCGAGGCCAAGUAUUACGACGUCCAGGGCCUAGUGGAGCUUUGUCAGAACACCCUGCAGGGCAAUAAGGAGCUGCCCAUGUGUGUCAUACCUGUGGUCACCUCCAGGAAGGAAGAGGAGAAGCUCAUCCAGACCUCUACCAAGCCUGUGGUGAAGCUGGUGUACAACAGAAGCAACAACAAGUACUCCUACACCAGCAACUCGGACGACAACCUGCUGAAGAACAUCGAGCUGUUCGACCGGUUGUCCCUCAGCUUCAACGGCCGCGUCCUCUUCAUCAAGGACGUGAUCGGAGACGAGAUCUGCUGCUGGUCCUUCUACGGUCAGGGCCGCAAGCUGGCCGAGGUCUGCUGCACCUCCAUCGUCUACGCCACGGAGAAGAAGCAGACCAAGGUGGAGUUCCCCGAGGCUCGCAUCUACGAGGAGACCCUGAACACGUUGCUCUACGAGACGAUGCCGCCGCCCGACAACGUGCUGCUGGAGGCCACGCGCCGCAGCUACACGGCCUGCGGCUCGCACAGCGAGGACGACGAGGCCGCCGAGCUCCGCGAGCGCGUCCGCCGCAUCCACGUCAAGAGGUACAGCGCGUACGACGACCGCCAGCCGGGGCACUGAUGCCGGGGCACUGAUGCCGGACCGCCGCCGCCCCCCCCCCCCCCGCGGACAUUCUUUGAAAUAGUUUCCUCCUCCACCACUAAUGGAAAAGAACAAACUGGCCUUUUUGCUGUACUUCUUACUCUUUUAUUUUUUUGUUACUCUGGAUAGUUGCGGCGUCGUCAUAAUUUAUGAAUCAUUAUCAGAGCGACUACUUCGAAUAACUAGAGAGCUGAUGUUUUUUAAAAAUAUUAUUAAUAAAUGUAGAUUUAUUAUUAGUGGAGGACAAAUCACUGAUGUGCACUAUUUCUUAGAGGAAAUACUGUCAACGAUCACAGCACUUACACUCUGAAUCCGCAGCAGAGCAUGUUUCAUAUUUAUAGAUUGUAUCGUUUCAUAUUUACACAUCGACAACAGGCCUGUUGUUUGCCAAAGAUCAUCCAGAACUAGUGUGUAACAUGUUUUUGAUGCAGUUUUAACAUAAUGCCUUUUUUCUUUCCAGCUGUGAAGAUAAAAAAAAGUUCUUGGUAUUCAA